GGAGACAACGCGCGCAACAAAUCUCUGCAAAAUCCAUCUCCUCUUUCCACCGCACAUCGCAUACAAUCCACCACCCCGCAGAGGCCCAUUCUGCCAACAUGGCCUCCAUCUUUGGCAAGAAACACAGGACCUCUGCAUCGUCCGCCCCGCACGCCGGCCCCGGCCUCGCAGCCUCCGUCCCGUACAGCCAGCUCGCCUCGGGCCCGCCGCCCGUCGCUGGGCCCUCGGGCAGCAGGAGCGACGCGUCCAGGCUGGUCAGCGCGCCGUCCACGAAUCCGACGCUGACAGACGACGGCACGCCGGGACGGGUGUCAAGGACGCCGACGUCCAACACGCCGACCACACCGCGCCGGCGGACAGAGGGCAGCGAGCGGGAACGGCACGGCGAAGGGUCGCGACGGUCGAACGCGAGCUAUGCGACGGAUACAGGCCGGAGCCCGUCGCACGAGUACCAGGAGAUGCUCUGGCGGGCGACGUCAGAGUCCGGUCACCAUACGCCCAUUUACGAAGCCAUGACCAGCAGCAAGAGCUCCGCGUUCACGUCGCCCCACCCUGCGCGGACACCGGGCACACCGUCACACGAGUUUGGAAUGCGGCCGCAUCCAUACGUCGCCGGGUACGGCAAGAAUCCAGAGACGUCGUCGAUACGGAGCAUGUCCUCGGUGAACAGCACGUAUGAUCCCAACAACCCCAUGAGCGACACGGGCCGGUACCCCAAAUUCGAGACACAGACCGUCCCCGGCGCGAACGGGAAAAGCACGCCGACCCAGUCGACAACCUCUCUCCCGCUUCCUUCCCCCUUGCCGAACAGGAGCGGCGAGUACGCGCGGCCACCGGACCACGAAAUCGAGUUUUGGUACCAACAGAUCCUCCAAAAGACCGAUCUCGACCCUUCACGCUCAUACAUGUCGUCGCCCAACCCUUCAUUAUCCAGAGCAUCCGUAUCGUCACUCGGCUCCAACUCUGCAGCGAGGUCAGCUGCGAAUCUACCCAUGGACUCGAAAUGGACGAUUGUGCAGCAGUACUGGAAGUCGAGAGAGCAGCAGCAAAAGCAUCACGAGGCGCCAAAGGCCUUGGGGAGAAAGACGGCCAGAGGCGGGAAGGGAUCGGUCGAGUAUUUCCUGAGCCACGCCUUGUCGAGAACGUUGACGCCGGCGAUAUUGUUCUCGUUGGAGAUCAGUCUGCGGACAGAGACAUUAGACUGGAUACAAAACUUUAUGGAUCAUCAGGGUCAAGCAGCUCUGGUCAAUUGUCUCACGCCCUUGACAUAUACCGAAGGAAGUUGUCCUCCGCCUACAGACAUCGACGAAGGUCUGAUGCACUGUCUCAGUCGAUCUAUCGGGAAACACAGAAUUGGAUGUGCGGAUGCCCUCGCCAAACCUCUGAUGAUUGAAAAAAUCAUCCCCUUCUUGACAUGCCCCAACAUAAACUGCCGCUUAUGGGCCGCUCAAAUCCUCACCGUCCUCUGCCAAGUGACAGACCCCGCCACGGGCGAUAAACCAGGCUUACAGAUCGUCUACUCGGCCUUUGCACACAUGCAGAAAAAAGUGAAUGAAAACGUGACUGAUCUGAAAGCCAAAGUCGGCAGGUUCAAUCUCUGGUUAUCCCAGCUGGCAGAAGUACUCGCCCGCCAGGGCUUGAUGGGCAGCAACGUCCGCGCACACGCGCAGGUCAAGGGGCUGGAUGUGAUCGAGUACUGUCGGACGAUGGUCCUCCUCAUCGUCUCCCUCCCCACGUCCAACGACCGCAAAACCCGAUCCUCGAUCCGAAACCAACUCGACCUCGCCGUGCUGCCGAUCAUCAUCCAAAACCUCAGACAGCUGCACGAUCCCGAGAUCAACAUGCAGCUCGACAUUUACGAGGAAAACGAGCGGAACGAUCGGGCAAACAUGGUUGAUCAAGAGCGCGGGACGUUGCUCAAGAGUUUAAAGACACCCGAACAGAUUAUCCCGCUGCUGCUCGAGAGAACAAAGGGGUCGCAGUCCAGUCGGUACCUCAUCGAUAUACUACGGCAUUUCCUGCUCAUCGAUUCAGACGGGGAUGAGCAGGCACGUUAUUUCCAGCUUCUCGACGAGCUGAUCUCGACCAUCGUCAUGGGCUCAUCGCCCGAUUUACACUAUGAAUUCCGUGAUGCGUUUGGCAAGUCCAUCGCACACCUCUUCGGCAAGCUGGUGGAGCAUCAUCGGGUGGAUGAAGCCAUGGCGGAAGUCAAAGAGCUUCGCGUGGUGAACCAGAGACUGUUGAUCGAAAAACAAGAGCUAGACGAAGAAAUCUCAGCUGGGAAUGAUGGGCUUGUCGGAAAGCUAAAGGCCCAGGUGGCGGACCUUGAGCAGAGGUUGAACAGGUCACGCGUGGCGAUGGAAGCGGCGGUGGAUGAAAAAAAAGGGAUGCGUCGCGAUAACGAGCAGCGCAUGCGCGAGUUGCGACUCUACCUCCAGAUGCUGUACAGUAUCAUCCUCGCCGCAGGGAUCGAUAUCGCCGACGCGCUGGAAAGCUUGGGAUUCCGCAAUGCCGAAGAGAUGGAGAGUUUGUUGAGUGAAUUAGGGGGGAUGGAGCAUGAUGAAAAGAUGUGGGGGGCUGAAAAGAGAAAGGCGAGGCAGUUUGCGUUGGAUAAGCUCCAGAAUAAAAAGGUGUUGGACGGGAAAGGGUCAGUGGAUGUAGAGUCGGAUGGUGGUGUUGACGACGAUGGUGGGGAAGAAGACGAAGCAGCUCAAGUGAUGGAAGCUGAAAAGAUUGCUCUCGGCGGAAACGCAAGAGGUCAGAGAAAGUCGGUGAGAAAGAAACCUCCCAAGGUGGUGAGGCCGAGAGAACUCCGAGCCCUUUCCCAGUCGCAAUUCGAAGAUGCAGAAGGCGAGCAAGAACAGCUCAAUGUAGACAACAGGGUCAAAGAAGGGUACGAUUCAGUCUCACCCAUCAGGGCACACUUCCAUCAGUCAAAGAGAAGAGGAGCAACGCCACACCAGCAGCGUUUGGGAGAUGGACUCGCGCCGCCUGUGGGAGAGAAAUCGGUGUUUAGGAGUAUCAAAAAGCCGCCACCGUUUGCACCGAGGUUUGUGCCAGAAUUAUCGUCCAGACCGAUCAACCGAAGCACCUCGGCGCCUGCUCAGCUCGUUGACCUUGACUUGCCCCAGCUUGGUCAAGAUGAGGAGGAAGAAGAAGGUACAGAUAGGAUGGCUAAAAAGAGGGAGAGUCUUGGAGCCGAGUUGCUCGCACGAGGUAAGGGUGGUAGACAAGGGAUGGGUGCAGAUGAGGGUGAAUCAGAGUUGUCAACGGUCAUGGAAGGGGAGGAAGGAAAAUUAUCUAGUCAAAGAGAGAGUGUCACAGAAGCGCCCAAAGGCGAAACAACACCUCUUCCACAUCCACCACCACCACCGCCACCACCACCACCGCCGCCGCCGCCGCCCCCUCCCCCACCGCCAGGCGCCAUCGGCCUUACCGCACCUCCACCACCCCCACCCCCACCCCCGCCCCCACCACCGCUCACCACACUUCACCAUCCAUCUGGACCAUCCGGCGCACACGACCUGUCCGGCGUCCUCGCAGGCAUCAAGGGCGGCGUCUCCCUCAAAAAGACUUUAGGCCCUUCCAUCCCUCCCCCUCCGCCUCCCCCCGCCCUCCCCCCGCCUUCCAUCCAUACCCCCGCCCGGGCCCCACUCGGAUCAGUGUCUUCCCUGUUGUAUGGCGCGAAUGAUUCUAGGAAGGAUGUGGGUAUGAUUGCGUCCAAGAAGAUGAAGCAGCUUCAAUGGGAAAAAGUCAGUAAAGCCCAGUUGGGCAAGACUGUCUGGAGCAAGAAUGAGGAGGCGAGGUUGGAGGAAGAGGUGGCGGAAAAGUUGAAGAUGUUUAAUGUCUGGGACAAGAUUGAGGAUCAGUUCAAGGCUAAAGAGGUCAUGUAUGAUGCGAUCAAAAAGAGAAAAGAGCAGGAAAUCAUCAGUGUUCUCGCUCCAGAUCAUCGAAAGCGUAUCGAAAUUCUCAUGUCUGGACCGUUCACAAAAGGCUUCAAAGAAGACCCCGAAGGAUUGGCUAACGCUAUUGGCGAUUUCAAUGCCGAUCUUUGUGUGGAAGCAUUUUUGAAUGAAUUGCAAAGCGUCCUUCCUAGCGAUGACGACCGUGGUAAACUCCUGACACACUCUGCAGACGAUCCCAAGGAAUUCUCCAAACUCCACAUUGCCGACAGGCUGAUGGUCCGUCUCAUCCAACUACCUCAUUUGAACGAACGUGUCAAGGGGAUGUUGUAUAGGGUUAGGUUCCCGCAGAAUAUCGAGUUGCUUGAAAAGAGUCUCACGCUCUUGAUUGAAGCUUGUGAUGCACUGAUGAACGCCAAGCAGUUCCAGGCGCUGUUAUCGAUCAUUCUUACGAUGGGUAACUAUAUCAACGGCACGAACUAUGCCGGUGGGGCUUUUGGUUUCAAGAUUACAAGUAUCAACCGGCUGGUCGAUACCAAAUCUGGUGGCGGUCAAAACUUGUUGCACUUUUUGGAAAGUACCGUGUCUACUCAUUUCAAGUCGGUUGAGCCGUUCUUGGCUGAACUUGAGAUUCCGUCUGCUGCCGCCCGUGUCAACUAUUCCGACCUCCAAUCAACAUCUAAACAAAUGCUGGACGACAUUUACCGUAUCUCGGAAUCGCUCACUACCCAAUUUGACACGGAUAAAUCUUCUUACACUCGGCAGAUGAACGCUUUCGUCUCUUCCGCUGCUGAACGCGUGAGGAAUGUGAGGGAUGGGAUUAUAGCGGCGGACAUGAAGUUGAAAGAGGUACAGACGUUUUAUGGGGAAGGGGACGGGGCUGGGGUUGGGAGGGGGAUGCAAAGUCAGGAUUUCUUUGGGAUCUUUAGGACUUUUACGUCUUCCUACAAGUUUUGCCAAGCUCAAAAUCGGGCCAGGGCAGAGGAACAGGCGGCACUGGAAGACCGGGCGCGACGUCGCGCGGAACGCAAAGCGAUGGGAAUCACUCCCCAGCCUACAGGCAUGUCGAGCGUCUCGUCGCAGGGCGAUUUCGAAGAUGUCAUUACCAAGUUGCGUACGCAGGGUACACCGCGUAUCCCACGAGAACGACCGAAAAGGGCGGCUGCACCGCCUGCGAGUCCGUUGUCUGAAUCGAUUGAUUUUUCGGCGUUGCUCAGUGGGAUGGGGAUGGACAUGGACGCGGGGGAUGGGGAAGGAGUAGCGGGUGAAGGAGGGGGAGCGGGAGGGGAAGGAGAUUAUGAGGCGUUGAUGGCGCAGAGGCUGUUGUCGACUACGUUCAAGUCGAGUUUUGAGAGCCUGUGGGGUGGUACAGAGGUGGCAGAGGAGAAGGAAGAAAGUAAAGGGAAUGUGAAGGAGGAGGAACAAGGGGAAAAGGAAAGUGAAAACGCGGAAAAAGGUGAAGAGGACGAGGAUGAAGUCCGGUGUAGUGCCACGGGUAGUUUGGUAGAGGAGUUGGAUAUUACAUAGUGUAUAGAAGGAACGAGGAGGAAAGUUGUAAUGAGUUUUAGGAUUACGUUGUAAUAUAGUACGUUUCAAAUA